CCCGAGCGCCCCGCCCUCGGCCAGCUGGCUUUACGCAUCCCCGAGAUGAAGGACACGUCCAUGGGGAGCGUGGGGCAGCCGCUCAGCAAGGUGAUGGACAGGCUGAACGGGCAGCUGGACCCCCGCGGCGGGCCACAACCCGAGCCCCCCGGGCGGCCCUUUCGGACUGGCACGCCAGGGGAGACCCCCGAUGGAUCGUCCUCUGGCGACCUCAGCGAGGGGAUUUCAGCCCCCAUGGACUUCUACCGCUUUACCGUCGAGAGUCCAAACGCUGCUGCACCAGGUGGUGGCCACCAUGACCCUCCAGGGCAUGGCCAACCGCCACAUGUUCCUGGUGGCCCUGAGGCUCCUGAAAAAGAAGAAACCAGAGAAGGAGAAGCCGUUGGGGCAGUAGAGGAGUCCGGAGGGGUGAGCGAUGAGCCUCAGACUGACCAGGCAGACACCACGGGCCCCCAGGCUCUCCACGAGCCGAAGAAGGAGCAGCCCAGCCCUUCCCCGAGCAGCGCCGAGGACUCGGGCGUGGAGGAAGGGCAGGGCAGCCCCUCGGAGCUGACCCACCCCUCCGAGUUCAGGGUGGAUAACAACCAUCUCCUCCUGCUGAUGAUCCACGUCUUCCGGGAGAACGAGGAGCAGUUGUUCAGGAUGAUCCGCAUGAGCACCGGGCACAUGGAGGGGAACCUGCAGCUGCUCUACGUCCUGCUGACAGACUGCUACGUGUACCUCAUCCGGAAAGGGGCAGCAGAGAAGCCCUACAUGGUGGAAGAGGCUGUUUCCUAUAACGAGCUGGACUACAUUUCGGUCGGGCUGGACCAGCAGACAGUGACCCUGGUGUGCACCAACCGGCGGAAGCAGUUCCUGCUGGACACCGCGGACGUGGCGCUCACCGAGUUCUUCUUGGUCUCCUUGAAGUCAGCCAUGAUCAAAGGGUGCCGGGAGCCCCCGUACCCCAGUAUCCUCACGGAUGCCACCAUGGAGAAACUGGCGCUUGCCAAGUUUGUGGCCCAGGAGUCCAAGUGUGAGGCCUGCGACGUGGUCGUGCGUUUCUACGGCCUCGUUCACUGGGAGGACCCCAUGGAUGAGGCACUGGGACCCAACAACAACAGCUACGCCUCCAACACGGUCACCAAGGAUGGCAUCCUGCACUACAAGGCAGGGACCUCCUACCUGGGCAAGGAGCAGUGGAAGACCUGCUUCGUGGUCCUCAGCAACGGGAUCUUGUACCAGUACCCCGACCGCACGGACGUCACCCCCCUGCUCUCCAUCAACAUGGG